AGGGUGUUUUCUUCCUUUUUUUAUUUUUCUGCUUAGUUUAUGGCAUGUUAAGUGUUUUUGGUUGAUUGAAACAUGGUUGGUGACUGUUCCUGGUUUUCAUCCCAACAUCAUUCCUUCUAAAACACUGGCUAUAAGAGCCAGAUCUGAUGGGCAAAGGACAAAGUUAAACACUUCAACUGAAAAAAUAUUACUUUGGAUGCCACAAAGCGAAGGAGCUUUUUUAUCGGACAUUACAAAUAUGAAAAUCAACAAUAAAUAGGAGUACAGCACUGUACAGAAGAUCCUUACAGUGGAAUUAACCACCGCGCUUUCAAGGGAAAUUGUAUAUCAGAGGCUAUUGUUGGAUCUGAGAGGUUGCAGUCAUGUCUCCGUUCCUGAGGAUUGGUUUUUCGAGUUUUGAGAUGGACCCUGGGCUUGCCUACCAUGAAGAAGUACUCAAUCCAUACUGCGCUGUCUACAUGAAAGAGGCUGUGGAGACUGAAAAGGGUCAGGUGUACAAACAGAAGCGGCCCACCAUGUAUCCCCCCUGGAGCAGCACAUUUGACGCUCACGUCCACAGAGGACGAGUAAUGCAUGUGGUGGUCAAGGACAAGACGGCUGAGCUAAAAACAGAGGCUACUGUUCAACUCGACACCCUCGCUUCACGCUGUAAGAAAGAGAAUGGCAAACUGGAGAUCUGGGUGGAACUAAAGCCACAGGGUCGCUUACUUAUGGAAGCACGCUAUUUUUUGGAGAGGAGUGAUGCUGCGGGUCACGGUGAAGGAGAUGGAGAAACCGAACGGGAAAAAGAAGGGGUGUUCGCUCUGCAUCACAGACGAGGAGCCAUCAAACAGGCCAAAGUUCACGUGGUCAAAUGUCACGAGUUUACCGCCACCUUUUUCCCUCAGCCGACAUUCUGCUCAGUCUGCAAGGAGUUUGUCUGGGGCCUGAAUAAGCAGGGAUAUCAGUGUCGGCAGUGCAAUGCCGCCAUCCAUAAAAAGUGUAUUGACAAAGUCAUCGCCAAAUGCACAGGCUCAGCAGUAAACAGUAAAGAAACCAUGAUCCAUAAGGAACGCUUUAAGAUUGACAUGCCUCACAGGUUUAAAGUUUAUAACUACAUGAGCCCGACGUUCUGCGAGCACUGUGGAACCUUGUUGUGGGGUCUUGCUCGGCAAGGCCUUAAAUGUGAAGAGUGUGGCAUGAACGUUCACCAUAAAUGUCAAAGGAAAGUAGCAAACCUUUGUGGUGUCAACCAGAAACUAAUGGCAGAGGCCCUGGCUAUGAUUGAGACCACUCAACAGCAGGCUCGCAGCUCUCGGGAUACUGAGACUGUUGGUCGAGAGGGUCCAGUGGGCGCAAGUCAAGCAGAGGUCACUAGAGAGCCUUCAGGCCGCUUACCAAUUUCACCCCUCACGCCUGCACCACCUCUACCACGCAAAGAGCAUCAGGGUAUUUCAUGGGACUCUCCGGCUGAGGGCCGCAGGCCAAGCCUUGAACAGUCUGAGCCACUGUACGCCACCCCACGCAAAGAGCACCACAAAUUCAACCUAGAAAAUUUUACUCUGCAUAAGAUGCUGGGCAAGGGAAGCUUCGGAAAGGUAUUCCUGGCUGAGCUGAAAGGCACAGGGCAGUUUUUUGCAGUAAAGGCCUUGAAAAAGGAUGUGGUUCUGAUGGAUGAUGAUGUUGAGUGCACUAUGGUGGAGAGGCGAGUACUCUCUUUGGCCUGGGAACACCCCUUCCUCACACACCUCUACUGCACCUUCCAGACCAAGGAAAAUCUCUUCUUCGUGAUGGAGUACUUAAAUGGGGGCGACUUAAUGUUCCACAUCCAGACCUGCCACAGAUUUGACCUUCCACGGUCCACGUUCUACGGGGCCGAGAUCGUUUGUGGGCUGCAGUUUCUACAUUCUAAAGGCAUUGUGUACAGAGACCUUAAGCUAGAUAACAUUUUGCUAGACAUCGAUGGUCACAUCAAGAUUGCAGAUUUUGGCAUGUGUAAAGAGAACAUGUUUGGAGAAGCCAGAACAUGCACCUUCUGUGGAACACCAGACUACAUCGCUCCUGAGAUUCUGCUUGGGCAGAAAUAUGGGACUUCUGUAGACUGGUGGUCAUUUGGUGUCCUCCUUUAUGAGAUGCUGAUUGGCCAAUCCCCAUUUCAUGGCCAUGAUGAGGAAGAGCUGUUUCAGUCAAUUCGCACAGAUGACCCGUGCUAUCCACGCUGGUUAACUAGAGAUGCACGGGACAUUCUUGUUAAGCUAUUUGUCCGGGAACCAGAGCGAAGACUGGGUGUGAAAGGAAAUAUACGACACCAUCCGUUCUUCAGAGACACAGACUGGAUAGCACUAGAAAAACGACAGGUCGAGCCACCCUUCAAGCCCACUGUGAAAUCAGCAAAUGACUGUAGUAACUUCGAUAAGGAGUUCAUAAACGAGAAGCCUCGACUUUCCGUCACAGACCGUAUAAUCAUCAACAGCGUGGACCAGACCAUGUUCAACAACUUCUCCUUCAUCAACCCCGCCAUGGCCCGUCUCAAGAACCCCUGACUCACAAACAAACAAGACAUUUGUGCAAAUACUGUGAAAACGUCCAAACCAAAAGACAAACACUCACCUAAACAUCAUAUCAGCCUCUAGUCAACCUCAUUUAAUGCUACGGUCAGUCAAUAAGUCAAAUGAUAUUAUAGAAGGUGUAUAUUUUUAUUAUUAUAUUAUCCUUGCCUUUUAGUGAGGUGCAAACGAUAAACGUGUUGGUUCUGGGGACUUAAAAACUAAACAAGAAGGUAAUAUUGAGCAACAUACGUUGUAAAGACAGUAUUGCCUACUUCUAUUUUGCUCUGCCAUUGAAAAUAAUUCCAAACAAACUUCCAACAGAAGCAAAAACAAACUGUUUUGAACGAGUUGAAGUGAAUAAGGCAAUCUGUCGCCUCCUACUGGUUAAAAGAUAUUAUCCUACAGAAAAAUCUCCACCACUACUGUUUAAAAAGUACAGAAAUGUGUUACUGGAAUGACUGGAGUAUCUACAGUGCGUUAAAAAUGGAAACGGGGAAAUGUGGACAUUAUUAAAUGUCCCAGUUAAAGAUUGAAAUUAUUAAAAGAUUAAUUCACAAGCUAGUUUGGGGGAAAUAUAUGUUUUUGACAAUGGCAAUGAAUUUGACAUUUGAAUUUGAGCUUAAUGUACAUCUCAUAUUGUGAUGGUUUUUAUGCUAUUGUUUGAAACUAAUAUCAUAUCAAGAUACUUGUGUUUUGUUGUGCAUCAUGAAAGUUGUUACAGAAGAUGAAUUUAUGUUUUAUUAGAAUGCAUAUGCUGUGAUGUCCAUAUCUUUAAUAAUGAUUUGUAUUAUUAUGUGUUCCAGUCUGACUUCUAAAGGCCUUGUGUGUAUAGUGGAAAAAUGUCACAGAGUGUAGCAAAUUGUAAGUUACCGCUUAGUUAGGAUCAGUUAUGUUCUUUGGAUUGUACAAAGUUAUAUAUGAAUUCUAGGAAAUUAAUAUGUGGUGCACAAGAACUAAAUAUAUUUGGGGAAAAGUUCUUUCUUACAAAUUCAUGUUUUCUGUAUAGUCAGCAUUAUGAUUUAUUUUGAGACAUCUUAAAAUUAUUUCCUAUGUGUGAUCCCUUGUCAUUUUAUUAAAUGUAUGGUUAUUUUACAGUGCAUGAAAAAUUAAAACCUUAUUGAUUAAUAAAUUAAACUGUGAUUCAA